AUGGAGUCCUUUGAGCAAGAAGAGAUGGAUAAGCGAUCGAGCGCACUGGUGGCGCCACUGAACAUUCACAAGUCGCCCGGGAGGUCGCGCUCGCGAGCCUUUGGCCACAGUCGUCAAUCCUCAUCGAGAGGAACACUCUCCAGCCGAUCGCAAUCGCAAAUAUCGCCACCUCUGACCCCGAAGACUUCGAGUGAAGCCAUGGCGCUGCAGCAGCAACAACAUCCGCAACCUGUAUUCCACAACUACCUCCGUGCGUUCUACCAUUACAGCCCGAGUACGACAGUGUCGUCCUCAACCGACGAGUCGUCCAUCACCGUCGCCAUCAAUCAAGGCGAUGUAAUCCUCGUGCACUCUGUUCAUCCCAAUGGCUGGGCCGAUGGAACAUUAUUGGCCUCAGGGGCCCGCGGAUGGCUGCCCACCAACUACUGCGAACCCUACGACAACCCCAUCAUACGGAAUCUUUUGACCGCGUUAACAUAUUUGUGGGAUCUGGUCCGCGACGGAGAGAAUGGCGAUCUCGGUGCCUUCUCAAGACAAGACUACGUCAAGGGCAUGAUUGUUGGCGUCCGCCUCUUCCUUGAACGUACUGAGUGCUUGCAGAAGGAUUCACGCCUCAUCCUCACACACGUAAGUCUACGGCGCAUGCGGAAAGCUCUCUUAGGAGAUCUUUCCACACUCGUCAAGACAGCUAAGACCUUGCAAGAAGCCCUACAGUCGAACGAGCUGCAGGUGCCUGUUUUCGAACACAUGGACGAACUUGUGUUCAAAUCCUUCAAGUUGGUGACUCGGGCCGUGCGUUUCCUUGACAUCUGGACGACAGACGCAGUGGCGCUGUCACUUUUCGAGCUUGGCGACGCGAGUAGUCAUCGGCCACUCACCCCGCCGUCCGACUCGGUCGAUGCUGCUGUGGAACCACAAGCAAUAUCAGCCCCCUCGGGCGAGAACAGGCUUUCAGCGAACGGAUGCGACUCUUCGGUUGCGCAGGGUACACAAUCGGCGCACGACGACUGGUACACCACUGCUCAGCCGCAGAGGAACCUGAACCGCCUAUCAGUUGCAUUUUCGUUGCCCUCGGAAACAGAUUCUCUUCAAUCACCAAUACUCCCCUCUCAUUCCUCAGUACAGUCGAAACGUAUCUCCAUGACACAUCGCUUGUCGUACACCGGUAAAUCAGCGAGUGCACGCAAAGGAAACCUGGCCACCGAGAGGCUGAACGCCGCGCACGACGCUUUCCUGGGCUACAUUGGUUCCUUUAUUGGGUUGCACCUGCAAUCACGGUCCUCGGAAGAGCUUGCUCAGAUCACCCAGCACUCUGUGAUAGCGUGCCGCCAACUUCUCAAAGUUGUCGAAGAAGUAUGGGAACGAGACUCGCGCCGAUCCGAACAACUGGAAGAAGCACGAGACACCAUGUACACCCGUUUGACUGAACUAGUACAAGCGACCAAGGACAUGUUCAUCAAUGCCGACGCUGACGUUGAAGAGGUGGUAGCGCCUGAAGCUGGAAAGCAGAUCGUGGCUGCCGCUACAAGCUGUGUUCGCUCUGCUGGUGAUUGCGUCACCAAGGCUAGGGUUGUGAUCGAGAGGAUUGGCGAUUUCGAGUUCGAAGCCGAACCUGCUGGUCUCGGGCUCUCGGAUACGAUCUUCCAAGAACCCGACGAAGACAACCAGGCGUCCACAGCUAGGUCCGCAUCGCCUAAGCCUACAGAAACCGUCCUGGAGACCAACAAACCACUACCCGCUACGCCAGUUGAGGAACACGAAAUGCCUCCACCACUAGUCAUCUCAGAGUCAAAGCCACUACCCGAGGUGCCGCAACCAUCACCACUCGAGACCAACAGGCUUAGCCUUCAGCCUUCGUCCCAGCCCAUCAUCGUCGAGAGCCCAACUGCAGUAUCGUUCAGGUCGUCCCGGUCAUCAUUGCCUCCUCUCAAUGCGGUGCCUACGCCGGUUCUGGCUCCGCCCCAUGCGUCUGAUUCCGUCGACAGUCCCUUGAGCACGACUCAGGGAAGUUUUGCCGGUUCGACCAAAACUGACAGCGUCCACGUUUCAGUAAACGAUGGGAGCAGCACCUACUUCAGUGCACAAGGCGAUUCUGCAAGCAUUCUUUCCCACACGUCCACGCGUGCCACUACCCCAGAUCAUUCGCCUACGAAGAAAGAGAGUUGUCAAACCCUGAUCAGCAGCUUUGGCAGCUCCUCUGAGCUCCGGUCUCUAGCAAGCGAAGAUGUCGCUGCUGGCGAAGAGCACUUGUUGGAGACCACCUAUGUCCAUGAAUUGAUCUACAACAAAGAGGGCCAAAUUUCUGGCGGUUCCCUCCCAGCGCUUGUAGAGCAGCUGACUACUUUCGAAUCCACCCCAGAUGUCGUCUUUGUCAACGCGUUCUAUCUGACGUUCCGCCUCUUCACCACGCCACUCGACCUCGCGCAAUGCCUGAUCGACCGUUUUGACUACAUCGGCAACAGUCAGACCGUCGGUGUGCCGGUGCGUCUUCGUGUCUACAAUGUGUUCAAGGGUUGGCUGGAAAGCCAUUGGUGUGGCGAGAGCGAUGCUGUUGCUCUAGGCGUCAUCCUCGCGUUCGCCACCGGAAAGCUCAGGGCUGCUAUGCCUGCUGCUGGCAAAAGACUUGCCGAGCUUACUUCCAAGGUAACGGAAGUAAGGGCCGGGGCUCUUGUACCUCGAUUGGUAUCAUCGCUCAGUCAGACAGGUGCUUCAAACCCUGCGUUCACUCUUGCGGACAGCAAUGUGCCGUCGACAAUUGUGACUAAGAGCCAACUCAACGCUCUGCGAGGUAGCAAAGAGGGCAGAACGCAAUGCAGCAUCUUGGACUUUGAUCCUUUAGAACUUGCCAGGCAAUUUACCAUCAUCGAGUCAAGGCUCUUCUGUGCCAUCCAACCCGAAGAGCUUCUUGCCCUGGAAUGGACCAAGAAAAAAAACUCGAAGGCUCGUAACGUCAAAGCAAUGUCAACGCUUUCGACCGACCUGGCAAAUCUAGUUGCCGACACCAUUCUGCAGCUCGAGGACGCAAAGAAGCGUGCUGUUGUUAUCAAGCAAUGGGUCAAAGUUGCGGCCAAAUGCUUGGAGCUCAACAAUUACGAUUCGUUAAUGGCCAUCAUCUGCUCACUCAACUCAUCCAUGGUCAUGCGUCUCAAACGUACAUGGGAGAUUGUAUCCACGAAAACGAAGGCUCGCCUAGAUGAACUGAAGGCGAUUACCGACGUAGGUCGUAAUUAUGCUGUCCUCCGACAGCGUCUGCACAACCACGUCGCGCCAUGCAUUCCUUUCGUCGGUAUCUACCUUACCGAUCUUACGUUUAUCGACGUCGGCAAUGGCACCACACGGCAGCUCCCUGGAGACUCCGGUUCUGACAGCGUCUCUGUCAUCAACUUCGACAAACACAUGAAGACAGCCAAGAUCAUCGGCCAGCUCCAAUCAUUCCAAGUUCCUUACCGUCUGGCUGCCAUACCAGAAAUGCAGGACUGGAUGGAGAGCCAAAUCCAGCGAAUGCAUGCAAGUGACCAGGCCAACGUGCAAAGCUAUUAUCGCCGAUCGCUGCUUCUUGAGCCGCGUGAGGCUCAACACUCUACGAGGGGCUCACCCUCCAUCGACAACAGUGCACAAAGCACCUUUUCAGCAGAGAGCCGAACCAAUUCGAAAGACAAGUUCGAGUUUCUCAACUUCAAUUUCUCGACUGCGAACCUGAAGGGUUCAUAG